AUGGACGCCAUGGGAGUGAAGCUUGAUAGUCGACGGCUACAUCAUCUACCCUUCCCUGAUGACAUCGUUCUGAUAACAUCUAGCAUCAGCCAGGCGGGACGUACACUGACUGAAUUGGACGAAACCAGUGGGUGCAUCGGUCUUCAGCUGAAUCUGCAAAAGACGAUGUUCAUGCGUAACGGAUGGGUCUCGGAUCCCCCAUUCACGCUCAACGGAACGAAUAUAUUCGAAUGCACCAGCUACGUUUAUCUGGGUCGAGAAAUGAACUUGAUGAACAAACCUGACCCCCGGGCUGGGCAGGAGGAGACAAGCGGCUUGGGGAGCGUAUAA